ACGCAGUUACUGAGAUGAAACCGAGACGCGUCAAUUGCUGGUUGAGAACUAUUUCUAGAGGUGUCUCUGUACAACCAUUCAUCCAGAUGGAUUUUCUUCACAGAUCAGAGUGCACAAAUCCGGGUGGCAUAUCAGAACAGCGUCAAUUUUCGACAUCAUGUCCAGUGAGGAGAGUUACGCACCAUUGGCUGACAGCGAUUACAAGGUACAAAGCACUGAAACUGAGGUUAUAGAGAGUCUGAACAUCCAUGGAGGUCGAACAGUGAAGGCGAGCAUUUUUCAAAAAAGUGGACCAGUUCAAAUCUUGAUGAGUUAUACAAUCAUUGAGUAUAACGAGAAGGGAACGGCAAUGUCACGCAACAUGUUCGAUUCAAAGGGACUUCCGAUCCCUCGAUAGGUGGAGUUCUAUUCAGAGUAUCCGCUAUCUCUACUAAGCUCGAGUACAAUCUCGAAUUGCGAUUCUUCUAACUGCGUGUGAGCGCUUCUUCUGUAACCAUAUACUUUCUCAUCAAAAACUUUCAAAGAUGUCUGCUUGCACUUCUGACUCACCUUCUCAUGGCGUAGAAUUUCCUACUUGUUCAUGU